AUUUGUUGAAGGCAUUUAUUAGCUUUCAGUCCUAUUUUUAUAAUGUCUCAUUGUAUGUAGUCAAAAUGUCAAAUAACUCAGUGCCAGAUUGUCAAACCACUAGUUAUUCAUACACUAAGAAAGAGAUUAGAGUUAUAUGUGUGUUAAUUGCAAUACUGAUACCCUUUUACAUAUCUGUUGAAAUAUCCUCUUUUAUAUGUGAUCAGUAUACUUUUUAUAGUUUCUUAACUGAGCGGGGGCUGCCCUAUGGAUAUGAUCUAACGAUUAAUACAAAUAAUAGCGAUGAAGUGAAAUUAAGAAGGCAGGAUGCUCAAAGGCAAACUCGCUCCCGGUCUAAUAUCCACCUUAGUAGUAUUCUUAUAGCCGGGGAAGCAAUACAAAUUUUAGCUGUUGCUAUCGUGGUUUUCUAUCGCCUAACACCAUGGGGUCUAGUUGUAUCGAAUGUACUCGAAGGUUUCAUUGGUGGUGGUCUACUUUCAGCGAUUGCCCAGUUUUCUGUUUGUAUUGCAGAUUUGACAAAUUAUGAUCAAAGACAAGGUUGUGAUUUAGCCAGAAAAGCUGUAUAUGAUCGUCGAAGAUGGUUGCUACUCACACUAAUCGACGGUUUAGCCUGUCUUAGCUUGGCAACUGCUAACAUGAUUGCAGCCUUUUCAAAACAAGAAGUAAUAUGUGCAGAUUCGUAUGUGGAACUUUCUUGCAAAGCCUUCUCCUCGGAUAUGGAACUAUUAAUUCUGGAAGCUGUACUUAAUCAUAAUUUAACUUUUCCUCUGGCCUCAAAUACUGAAUCGGCACUGCAGAUCUGCACAAAAACUAGUGAAAUCACUGCCUCUUGUCCUUCAGUCGACAGUAUGCCAAUCGUUUCAAACAAAUGCAAUGGACAAUUAGCUUGUACUGUCAGUCCAAAUACUGUGCUUGAAUCACUGUACCAAAAGAAGCCAAAAAAGUCUGACUCACCUGAAAGAACAUGUUCAAAAUCACAUCUUUAUUUGAGAUACACAUGUGUACAUAAUGUACUGCUGGAGACAACUCACCAACCUAUAGAUUCAAAGAAGUUAGACAGGCAUCGAGGAAAAUAUACUUCUAAGACGAAAAAAAGACCCCACAAGUCAGGCGGAAAUUCCAGCAGCAAUCAAAGGAUGAAUGACAUGGAUCCUGUGUUUUUCAGUGAUGACCUUAGUAUUCAUUCUGGUCAGAUGGACAAUACCAAUCCACAAACAAACUCCUUAAAACACAAAGCAAAGAGUUCAACAUCGACAAUAAACGAUGAAAUACUCAGUGUACUUAACGAAUUAUCGAUUUCUCCAAAAACAAAGUCAUCUCAUUUUUAUCUUUCCGCUUUGUUACCUGCAGUAUUAUGUAUUUUUGUCAGUUGCAUAUUUGCAGUUGCCAUUUUAUGCCAUCGAAAGCAACUUUUCAAAAAGAAGCUGAAAUCUAAUAACAUAUCUCAAAUAUUACACAAUCCAGCUUAUUGUGAUCGCCAUGCUCCCUAUAAUGAAACGACUGAAGAUUCUCAUGAAAAUGUUUGCCAGUCAGAUAUGCAGAUAAAACUUUCGCAUAAACCUCACUCAGUCAAAAAGUGUGUGCCUGAUUGGAUGAAUGGGAAGAAUUUUAUUUCAAAUCUACAGUCAUUUCAGCAAACAAAUUUUUCAACUAGUCAUUCUCCUCAGUGCUGUCUUGAAUGCGAAAAUGAACAAAAAGAACUGUCACAAAUUUUUCAUUAUCAAAAUAUUUCAUAUGGUGACGAUAAUAAUAAUAAUAAUAAUAAUAAUAAUAAUAAUAAUAAUAAUAAUAAUAAUAAUAAUAAUAAUAAUGCAAAUCAUUCAAUUAAAGCUAGUCCAAAUUCAAGCAGUAGGAUGCCAAGUACAGAAAAUUCAUUCCCAGCAAAUUGUACCGAUAUCAUUGGCAAAAUGGAAACCGUAUGGCCAACAUCAACUGCAUUUUCAAGUAACGGAUUUUUAAACUCUUCAUCAAAGCAUCAUAAUCAGUGUAAUUCACCUCAGUUUAAUCACACUAACAACCUUUUUUAUGGAAACUAUAGUGCUUGCUUAAAUAAUGGUAAUCAAGUGACUCCACAAAUUUGUAUUCAUAGGUCAGAUGACCAAACUAAUGGUAUGAGAAGUCAAAAUCCUUAUUUAGCAGACAGGGCAGACAUAAAUACCAGAAAAUGUCGAUAUCUUGAUGGUAGACUCAUUCACAAUGUUCACGCUAAGUUUAAUGAAUGCACUACAGCUCAACAAGAAACAUCCUUCAACCCACAUCAAAAUCUCCAAGCUUGGUUCACUCAAAUACUAAAGAGUCCUCAAUGCAUUCAAGUGGACAGGUUAACUGUAAAAGAAAAUGCCGAUUAG